GAAGAAGAAGAAAACCCAGAAGUUCCAGUGUUGUUGCUGGCUAGAUUACACUUUCCUCAAACUGUGUAUAUGCAAUGACAGUCGUAUACAAAGGAUCUAUGUUCAGAUAUCGAGAUCCGGAUCUUCCUCUGUCAUCUGUUCGCCUCCUGGUUCCUCCACUGAGGCUGAUGUCAGCCUGUAUGUGGCAGGUGGCCCAGAGGCGAAAUGUAGACCAGUAUAACAAACUGGCUGAAUUCAUCACAUUAGUGUCAGAGGUGGUCCCAGAGCUUAUGAGCUACAAACAGAGGACUCAGCUCAUCCUGGGACUGAGAGCUCGGCUCAUCCUUGAAUUGUUAAAGGGGAUGGAUAAAGUUGACUGUAAAGCUAUCCAGGAUCUUCUUAACAUUUUCCAACAGAGGGCAACAAGCCACAUGUAUGAAGAGGACCAAGAUGCAGAGGUGGAGAUUUCAAAGUCAGCAUUUGUGGAGCUGGUUGAGACAUUGCUGAGAGACCAAUCAGAAAAAGACAACUUCUUCAAGGAAGUCUUCUCGGUCCAAUAUGGAGCUCGUUUUGAUACAGCGCUGCAGAUCCUGGUGUGGGAGUUCUUCUACCGACUGGAGCAGUUCUUCCCAGUACCGAGUUUUUCACAGGUAUUCUCCAUAUUUGACAUUUCUUCCUUUGACUAUGAGUUUGAGCAGUUUGUUUCCAACCCUGAAGACCUGAAGAGGAUUUUGCAGCAUCAGCAGGAGCAUCAAAAGUUGACUAAAAGUGAAUUCACCUUCAUGUCGGACACUAUCCUCUCCACACUCGCAUCUAAGCUGACUUUGGCAGCAGCUGAAGAUCAUAUUGAUGAAAAACUCAAUCCGGAAAUGACGGAGCAGAACAUAUUGAAGCAAGAAGACAGCUGUGGCAUAGAAGACAUUUGUGAGGAUGAUGAAGAGACUGACAACAGUUCCAUUGAAACUAAUCCAAACUCUCCGCUGCACGAGUACGGGCUGUCACCACUCACUUCCUCUCCAUGUUCUGAAGAAGCUGGUGCAGCCGGUGAUGAAGAAACAGCUGGUGAAGCCGCCUUCCAGCCACCCAGAUGCUCAGUGGAAGAACUGAAGGAACAUCUGGAUCUGAGUAGAAGCAAGGAGCCAUCAGAAGAGAGCCAGUCAUUGACAAGAGUCGGAGAAGAUGCCAGCGAGGACUCCGUAAGAACCAAUAAAAACACCUGCCUGGAGUGUGGCAAGACUUUAGCAUCGCCUGCCUCCUUGAGAAGACAUCAUUUUCUUCACUCUGCAGUACGGCCAUUCAAGUGCACUCAGUGUGACAAGUCAUACACAUGUAAACCAGACCUGAAUCGACAUUUCCUAAUUCACUCAAAAGUCGUGUCUAUUCCUUGCAGCCUUUGUGAGAAGAGAUUUGGUUCUCAGGCUUCACUUAAAGUUCACAUGCGAGUUCAUACUGGAGAGAGGCCGUUUGCCUGCUCGUACUGUGGCAAGAGGUUCUUGAACAAUUUUGCCCUGAAGUCCCACGUGCGCAUUCAUACCGGCGAGCGCCCGUAUGCCUGUACUUUUUGCGACAAGAAAUUCAUACAGUCACACUGUCGCACUGUGCACCUCAGGGUUCAUAAGAAAGAGAAACCGUACCUGUGCAGCACAUGUGGUAUGUCCUUCUGUAGCUCCGGGGCCUUGCUGGUGCAUUCACGCAUUCACACAGGUGAGCGGCCUCAUCAGUGUGACUUGUGUGGAAAACGUUUCAGGAAAGCUGUACAACUGACAGUCCAUCGGAGAUUCCACACGGGAGAGAGGCCGUAUUCUUGCUCACAGUGCGACAAAUUGUUCGCCUGUAGCUCGGGACUGAAGAAACACACGAGGACACACACGGGAGAGAAACCAUACCAGUGUUUAACUUGUCACAAGACGUUUUCCGAAAAAUCCAACAUGAGAAAACAUCUGAAAGUCCACAAGAACAUCUAGCAUACUGUUUUUGGAGACCGGUUGUUGGAACGCUUGCAGUAUCUUAAAGGAUAAAUGAAAGCCUUGUUAUUUCUGUGUCAGAACCAGCUGUUUCGGUGCGUCUUCGUAUCACUAAAUCAAAUGUACGUAUGUAAAUAUGGACUUGGGACACUUGAAUCGUACAUGUUGGAGCAUAUAUUAUUAAAGAGCAUAUUGUUUAGGGUUAGCAUAGGUCAAAGACUUGAUUUUAGUGUCUAGUUAUGUUCAGGUAAUCUUUGAAAAAAGUCAAAAAAUGUACUAACAAAAUAUACCAUCAUUAAGGAGUGCUCAUGUGUGAGAUAGUAAGGAUAGAUUCUUUUCUACUUUAAGAGUACCUGCUCUUUUCUAUUUAGUCAUGUUUCUCACAGUACAAACACUAUUUUGUGUUGCAUGUAUCUCCUGAUCCCAGUGCGACUGCCACUCUUCCAUGCGAUACCCUUUCCCUCUGAUUUUGAAGGUUUAAAUUGCAGUGUCUAUGUAUGAGCUUCUUUAGCUAGUCUGCCCUCUCUCUCAGCAUCCAGAAGAUGAGUCGGUUGUCAGUUUAAGAUUUCAGCUCAAAAAGCUCACAGUAUCUGUUCUUUCUUUUUUAACCAUUGUAAAAAACAGAUGAUUUUGAAUUUAUAAUAAUGUUGUCGAAUGACUCAUAGGCAAAGUGUUCUGUAACUCUGAGGAACUCAAAGGCACAAGAUUAGUAUUUUUAUGAUUUUUUCUGUCUGACCAUCCACUCUUUGUUGAGUAGAGUAAGUCUUGUGAAUUCUGACACAUCUGUAGCUGAAUUUAUUAAACCUCUUCAUUUUCUUAAUUCAGAUUAAAGUACUGUUUAUAAUCUUUGGUACACACAUUCAUUAGGGUCAAAUACAGCAUAAACCCAUUAACCAUAAAUCCACCAUAAGCAGUAUUUGGCACAGUAUUUCAGUAUGUUCACAGAUUUUAACCUUUGAACUAGAGCCUGACCAAUAAUUUCUGUUGUUGGGUAUCUAGUUGUGAGAAAACAGCAACUAAGUAAAGUGAGCAAAUGUGUGAACUUCAUAAACAAGGUAAGAUUAGGAGAAAAUAAACAAAUUCCAAAUCAAA